AGCUGUUUGCUAAAACCAUUCUUGGAUUUUAUCAACUUGACCAAUAGAAAAGCCAGAGAGGCGUGCAGACGUAUGGUUGGAAAGCCAAUCACGAUGUACCUCAGGGUGACGCAUCCUCCCAUCAGCUGUUUUUGUUUUCCUGUGUGGACACUGGAAGUUAAUAACACAAUAAUAACAACGGGAGUGUAGCCUCUCCGAAGUGAAACGGUCGUCAGUGAGCUGUUCCUGUUUAUCUUUGCUCCCGUUCCGGUUAGCCAUAGCAGCUCACGCUCCUGUUUACGAUGUGCACCAUCUGAGCCAGCCUGCCCGGACAUUCCUGUCCCCGAAGAGUGUGAGCGUGGCGCUUACAGUCGGGGAGCAGCAAAAGGGGAAGCGGGUUCCGGCGGGGAUCGACCCGGGCCCAAGGCCUCCGACCUCUAGAGGAGGGGGAAUUCAGCUGCUGGGAUGGAGUCACCGGACUUAUCCGACGACCCCGGAGUGCAUCGAGGUUUCAUCUGUGCCUCGUUUAACCAGGACACCACCUCUCUAUCAGUGGGCACUAAGACCGGCUACCGGCUCUUCUCAGUCACAGCUGUGGACAAACUGGACUGCAUCCAUGAAGGGGUGGAGUGUCCAGAUGUCUAUAUAGUGGAGCGACUGUUUUCCAGCAGCCUAGUGGUUGUGGUCAGUCUGUCCAUGCCACGACGAAUGAACGUCUAUCACUUUAAGAAAGGCACGGAAAUUUGUAACUACAGCUACUCCAACAACAUCCUCUCUGUCAGGCUCAACAGACAGCGGCUCGUGGUGUGCCUCGAAGAGUCGAUCUACAUCCACAAUAUCAAAGACAUGAAGCUCCUUAAGACGCUGCUCAACACACCCACCAACCCCUCAGGUCUCUGUGCACUCUCCAUCAACCAUGGCAACUCCUUCCUGGCGUAUCCUGGUAGCGCCACCAUGGGAGAGAUCACAGUCUAUGAUGCCAACAAUCUGAGCACUGUGACGCUGAUCCAGGCCCAUGAUAGUCCCCUGGCAGCUCUCACAUUCAACGCCUCCGGCACAAAGCUGGCUAGUGCUUCGGAGAAGGGUACUGUCAUCAGAGUCUUCAGCAUCCCUGAAGGACAGAAGCUGUUUGAAUUUCGCAGAGGCAUGAAAAGAUAUGUUAGUAUCAGUUCGCUGUCCUUCAGUGCAGAUGCACAGUUCCUGUGUGCCUCCAGCAACACUGAGACGGUCCAUAUCUUUAAACUGGAGCAGCACAGUCCAAGCCAAGAGGAAGAGUCCCCUACAUGGUCAGCAUAUGUGGGGAAAAUGUUCACAGCAGCCAGUACCUACUUACCCACUCAGGUAUCUGACAUGAUGAAUCAGGACAGAGCCUUUGCCACAGUGCGACUCAACAUGUUCGGUCUGAAGAACAUUUGUGCCCUCGCUACGAUUCAGAAGCUUCCUCGCCUGCUUGUGGCAUCUUCAGAUGGGUUUCUUUACAUCUAUAAUGUGGAUCCACAGGAUGGAGGCGAGUGUGUCCUUGUUCAAAAGCACAGGCUCUUUGAGUCCAAUGAAGAGCAGGUGGACCAGAAGGAAGAGGAGAACCCCGAGAAUGUCCCUCCACAACCACCUAGCCAAACAUAUGCUGCCACUGUGGCUCUCCCCACGACCGCACCCUCCUCCACCACUCUAAUGGGCUACUCCGAAGACGGUGGAGCCCAGAAGGGUGAAGUCAUCCCCGAGCACGAAUUUGCUGAGGGCCCCGUUUGUCUGGAUGAUGAGAAUGAGUUCCCUCCGGUUGGAAACCAGAAUAACUGACCAAAUUCCCCAGGGUACCCUCCCUGCCCCUGCCCCUGCACACAAACCAGACUUACCUGUUUCUAGUAGGAAGGUUGGACAAAAUAUUCCUAAUGUGUUGCGAUGCGACAUUGUGGCUUCCCAACCCUCUCACAAGUUACCCUGCACACCUAAAGUUAAAUCUUGGAAGGAUAUUACCUUCUUGUAUUUCUGUAUUUUGUGCACCCAUUGUUAUUUGUAAAGGAUAUAGAAAAAAACACUAAAACAGAGCAGAAGGUCCACUCAUCCUAAAGAAAAAAACAUCAACAGAACAUUUGUUCUUUAAGUCAAAGGCUGUCUGAACCAUCCUAAUGUUAACUCCCAUAUACUACCACUAACAACAGUGUUAAACAUGUUGAAAUAAUCACUGUGCACAGCUAGAAAUUCUGACUUUUUUACUACUGUUGAAUAUAUGUAUUGUCCAACGACAAAUCAUUACUAUGGUAGCAACCUAAAGAGCAGGUAAGUAGUAUGAGCUGACCGACAAUACUUAAGCUCAAUAAUAUCCAGGGGUUAAAAUAACAAAAGUGCUCCUAUGGCCUCAGUCACACUAGGAGAAAAUUGGCAAUUGGCAAGUUUUUUUUGGGACCAAAUACAAAUUGUUGACCAACUGGUCACUCAGAGGUUGAGUGUACAGUGCCCCCAACCUCUGAUUUGAUUGCAAGGCAUUUGCACAGGUCAUCUGGGGGGAAGCAACCUGCCUCCAAAUUAUUUCAGUUAUUUCAGAUUUCCAAAUAAUUGCCAGCUUAUUUAUAAAUGCAAAUAGAACGCCAAAAUGUUGCAGUAAGUUGCUGCAACCCGGAGUCAGUCUGCGUGGAUGAGUAUCUCGUCUGCACCAUCAUGUUUAUUUCUCCAAGUGAGGAUACAAUGAAUCGCGUCAGUGUCAGUUACAAAGAUUUGUGGUGGGCAUUUCACUGCAAGCUGCACUGAAUUUAAUGCUGCAAAGCAUGUCUUAUGUUCAGACUUUCAGAAGGCUGUAGGAGAACCACAUAUGAGUAUACAGCUUGUUAUCCUUUUUACAGUGAGUUACAGUGUUUAAUCACAUUUCAGCGUUGCCUUUUCUCAGCAGCGUGCACACAGAGCAAGAUUGAUUUUUCUUUCUUUCUCUUUCUUUCCCUCGACAGACACUAAUACAUACAUUACAUGUGUCUUUCAAAAUGGAGCUAUUAGUGGGACUGUGCUAGUGUAUUAUAGCAGUGUCUGAAUGUUAUAGUAUGUUAGGAUUAGUUAAAUUAAAAUUUUAUGCUUAACAGAUGCCUUAAUUCAAGGUUUUCUAACUGUGGGAUGUGAGACAGCAGCCCAGGUGUAUAACUCCAAUUCAGGUUCACAAAGUGUACAUAGAUUUCAGGUAUAUGAAGGAAGUGUUUGCAGUGAAGUAAAUCUCUGGAUAAAACCUGGGCUCCGCCUGAACCUCAGUUCUCAGGGCCACACAGUCCCCAGUUAUUCAUAACAAAAUAAGAGAUCACCAUUAUCCUUUUAAAGUCUGAGCAAUGAAAUUAAGACAGAAAAUUGAGUGUUUAUUGACCCUUCUAACGCUUUAAAAUUAAUUAAAUAUUAAUUUUGAUAUAUGAGUUUUAACUUGUAUCAUGCUUACCACAUCUGUGUUUUUCUUUGCAAUUUAUUUCUUAAAAAAUGUGUUUUGCAAUUUUUUCAGGGGGGAAAGAAAUCACACUGAUGAUGUAAGAUUCUCUAAAACUCAUGUAUCAAGUUUGACACACUAGAAGUUAAUGUGUUGUAGCAUAAACAUGUUGAUUCUCCUUCCGCCUUCUCUCACUUUUCUCAACUGUCCCACUGUUUUCAGAGCAGAACGUCCCUGAAACCUGAAUUCAAACUGUAUUGUGUUGUUAUUACAUUUCUGGUAUCCUCAUUUUUGAGCCACACAGUUACGUUGCUCUUGAUAUAAUGUUGGUCAUUAAUGGAAUGAAUUAGCUGCAGCUGUUUGUUUAUAAAUUUAUAACGUUUUCCCAGUCCACUGGUGCUGAGUCCACCCCUGGCUCUGGUAGGACUGACUGAGGACUGAGGUAGACGGCAACAGAUUUCAAUUAGGGUAUUAUUGCAUACAGCGCUUAAGUGCCAACUUAACCCUGUUUAAUCAAAAAUUUAUAGCAGACUGACUUCGUCUUAUUACCGUUUUAUCCCAGUUUUAUUGCCAAAUUGACGCACCAAAGUUGGUUUAAAGACAGCAGCUGAGCAUUGCUUCAAAAUGAUCUGUCUUUGAAGAGACCAUUUCAAAGGCAAUACCACUGCAAGUUAAUUGCAUACAGGCAUAAUUUUUUUUUCCACACAGCAGUCUCCGACCGCUGUUUUCCCUAGUGUGACUGGACCCUGGGAGGUAUGCUUAAAACUCCCCUAAGAUUUUACUUCUUAACAAGCCAAGUGCAAUGUUAAGUCUUAGGACAUUUAUCAGGGCCAUUCCUGUGUAUGGGGCUCCAGAACAUUUCAAUCAGUGGUCAUAAAAAUGUAUGAUACCUCAGGAGAGACAAGCAGUAGUUCACUCACAAAGAAAUUAUACAUAGAUAUUAUAUGAUACACUAUUUAAAUCACGAUACAUGCCAUAAGUAUCAUAUGACUUGCCGAUGCAGCUGUGAUACUAAUUAUGGUAGCAAUACACGAGACUGAAAAAUCCUGCAGAGUCACAAAUGUAACCUGAUGAAAUAUUUUGCUCUGUAGGUGCAGCAGUCGACAGCUAAAUGCAAAUCCUGGGACGAGCUGUACACGACAAAGCUACAGGUCCAUUGUUUUCAGUGCAAGCCUAAAAAACGUGUUAUUUACUUAAUAAUUCUGAAUAUGUUAACAUAUACGUCAAGUUAUUUUUACAUUAAUGCAUUAAGUAUCCUUUUUGUGUAAUGUGUUACACAUCAACACAUAGACCUAACAUUCGUAAAAUAUAUGUUAAUGGGUUUUUACAGUGUAUAAUGUGUAUAUAACAUUUCUUUAUAGUACUGUUGUAAUAAGUAACAUAGUAAUAUGACUUGCCAGAAGGUGGCGCUGUUAGGGCACCUGUGAGCUGCAUUGAGCUGUUCAAUACUGGACAUUUACACCAGAGACUCAUUAAAUCUCAGAAAUGAUUUGACCUCUGCAA